AUUAUACAGUUGGUUUGGAGCAGGCUUUUGGAGAGGUCGUUUAUGUGAGCAGGCUACUAUCGACUAAUGCUUCUCCAUAGCAGGAAAACAGUUACAUGUUUGAAGAAAAAAUUUCGUAAUGAAAUUGAAGCUAAAAUUGGACAAUAUUUUAACUUAACUUUUAAUUUUGUAUGCAUAUGGCUCAGCUGUUCAAUUAUGCAGAUCUUAAUAAUAUUUUUUACAUAACCUUCGCAGUAGUCCUAGUCUAUAUAAUAUUCACAUAAUUCAUCUGAACUAUAUUUAAUUCAUAAUUGUAUUAUAGAUUGAAUAUUUCUGGGAGCUGUAGGUGAAUCAUCCUGUGAAGCCACUUGACCAUGGAUUCCCCAAUCUGCCUGGUCGAAAACGCCGACGGCGAGCUUCAUGUAGUUCCUGGUGCCAUCAAGUACCUGAUGGGACUGAACCAGCAAGUCGUAGUGGUGGCGGUGGUCGGGCUGUACCGCACCGGCAAGUCCUACCUCAUGAACAAGCUGGCUGGAAAGAGAAAAGGUUUUGCCCUGGGAGCCACCAUCCAGUCCAAAACUAAGGGAAUCUGGAUGUGGUGUGUGCCUCACCCUGAAAAAAGACACCACACCCUGGUGCUGCUGGAUACAGAGGGGCUGGGGGACGUGGAGAAGGGAGAUUCUAAGAAUGAUGCCUGGAUCUUCUCCUUGGCCAUUCUGUUAAGCAGUACUCUGGUCUACAAUAGUCGAGGGACCAUUGACAAUCAAGCCGUGGAGAACCUCCAAUAUGUGAGUGAGCUGACAGAGCGGAUCAAGGUGAAUUCUUCCAGUGCAGCUUCAUCCUCUAACGAUGACGAGGAAGGAGGGGACACCCAGUUUGUGCAGUUCUUUCCGAAUUUUGUGUGGGCCGUCAGAGAUUUCACUCUACUACUCGAGAUCGACGGCAGAAACGUCACUGAAGAUGAGUAUCUGGAGCAUUCCCUGGAACUCAGAAAAGGUAGGGGUAAAAAGAACCUGAUGUACAACCUCCCACGAGAGUGCAUCCGGAACUACUUCCCCUCGCGCAAGUGCUUUGCAUUCCCCACUCCUACAACUCCUGCCAACAUGCCCCAUCUGGAUUCCAUGGACGAGGCUGACCUCUGUGAAAGCUUCCGAAAGGUUGCAGAUACUUUCUGCCGCUUCAUUUUCCAGGAGAGCCGUACAAAAACUGUGAAAGGGGGACACAAAGUAACCGGGAGAAUGCUCGGCCACUUGGUUAAAACCUAUGUGGAGACCAUAGCCAAAGGCUCUGUGCCCUGUCUGGAAAAUGCGGUGCUGGCCAUGGCUCAAAUUGAGAACCAGGCUGCUGUGGACGAGGGCCAGGCGGUAUACCAGAGGGGUAUGGAGGAGGUGAAGGCCUUAUUCCCUGUGGACAUGGGUCAGAUUUCAGAUCAUCACCUCCGCUCAGACCACCAGGCCACGCAGGCUUUCAUGAAACGAUCCUUCAAAGAUGAAAAUGGUGAUUUCUUGAAAGCGUUGGCGGUGGCCAUUGCAAAGCACUACGCUGACCUUCUCAUCCAGAACGAGGAUGCCUCAGAGAAGAAGUGUGUGGCUCUUCUGGAGAAGCUGUCUGCUCCGAUGGCCCAGAAGAUUAAGGAGGGGAUCUAUGCCACACCUGGAGGAUAUGAGCUUUACUGCAGUCACCAUGACAACAUGGUGGCACAGUACCGGGCCGAGCCUGAUAAAGGAGUUAGGGCUGAGGAGAUUCUUGAGCAGUUCCUGAGGGAGAAGACUCUAGAGAAGAAUUCCAUCCUGCAAGCUGACAAAAAAUUGACAGAAAAUGAGAAAAAGAUCCACGAAGGGAGAUCAGCUGUGCUGGAGCAGGAGAAGAAGGCUGCUGAAGAGAAACGGUUGGAGAUGGAGCGCACCAUGGAGGACGAUCGCAGAAGCAAAGAUGAGAAGUUGAAGCAGAUGGAAGGGAAGAUGAAGGAGGAGAUGAAGCAACAGGAACGGGACUUCCACAGGGCCUUGGAGUGCAAGAUGCAGGAGCAGAAGGAUCUGCUGGAGAAGGGCCACAAGGAGAAGGCUGACUUAAUGAGACAGGAGAUAGAGGAGUUCAAGAAGAGCAACAAACCUGAGAAGGAAGGAGGUGGUUUCCUUGAGUCUACAGUCAUGCCUGUUCUUCGACUUGGAUUGGACGCUGCCAACACUUUCUUUCAAUAUAAGCUCAUGAGGGGAGCUUUUAUGAAGUAAAAACAUUGUGUAUUACUUGAGCAGGUACACAGACACAUUUCUUAAUUUUCCCCUUCCACUUUCCUCUUCCAUGUUAGCGGUAAUGCUGCAAUUAGUUGGUUGUAGUUUUGGGGAGGGCAGACAUUUCCAUAUGUUUUUGUUAGCUGCAUGUGUGACAACUCCACCAGUCCUAUUUAUGAUAUCUUUUGCGAAGAUGAUACUUUUUUGUUUUUGAUCAAUUAGUAUAUUUGAGCGUAACCACAAUUUGUUGUAUUAUUUGUUCUGUCUUUUCUGGUGGAUUAAAUAUAAAUUGCAACCAGCUUGUUUUAAAAAUAGUUAUAUUUGGGAGAUGAUCUCCUUUUCAAAUAAUAAUGAAAGUGAGAGGUUGUAAUCUGAAUAAAGGAAAGAAGGCCAUUCUUGAACAUAGGGUGAGACAUUCUUCCUCAUUUGCAAUAUAAAUAGGCCCGUUUAAUUUUGUCUGGCUUGCGGUUCCAAAUAAAAUAUCAUAUUUUUUUCUGAAAUAAUAAAAAAUACUUUUUGCUAGGUGUAGGCAAGACCAUAAGCAAAUAGGUAAACUGGGACCUUAUCUACAGUUGCUUUAUUAAAAAAAAUAUAUAUACACUU